CUGCCUAGCUAGAUUUUAUUUAGAUUUUAUUUUGCUCCCUAUGCAUUAAAGAUAAAACUCUCACGAUCAUCUCUCUAACCACAUUUCUCUCAGACAAUUAAUUCUCUCUCAAAAAGUUGACAUGAAAGUAGACUGCAAAGUCAGUGAGACCAUUAAUUGGAAAGAAAAAAUUUAGUAAUAAAAUUUGUUUCCUUUUUCAAGACACUCAUCUGCUACUGCUACUGCUACUGCUACUGCUGCAAUACAAACAUCCUUUUCACUCUUUAUUUCCAUUUUCAACAUCUGUCUUAGGAAAGGUUUUGGAUUCAAUUUGGUGUUACGUUUUCCUUCUCAGUGUGUAGCAAAAGUUGAUUUCAGGUGCGGUUUUAAUCAACAAAUGGAUGAUGAUCAUAUAUCAGAUUUGCCCAUAUUCAUCCUCCAUGACAUUCUGUCAAGGCUGCCGGAGAAAGAUGCUACUAGGACAAGUGUUUUGUCCAAGGCGUGGUGGUCUACGUUUCCCAUCCUGUCUUUCUUUUACAACCGAAGGGUAGGAAAGGCUUCUAAGACAACGGAAGAAGGUUUUUUCAUGAAGAGAAAGAACUUUGGUGAUAAUUUGAAGAAAACAUUGCUAAGGUUCCGUGACCAAGGCUUAGCAAUCAAAGAGUUUAAGCUCAGUGUGAACUUUCAUGACCUUUAUUACAAUUCUCGGGAUGUUGAUCUUUGGUUGAAGUUGGCUGGUGAGAGUGGUGUUGAGGUACUGCAUCUCGACCUGCCUGAUAGAGCUGAAGAUGAAUGGGAAGGUCAGGACCUUGGCUAUGUGUUGCCGACAAGUGUUCUUGAAGCCAAAUCACUUAAGAUGAUGCACUUGAUUGGCGGAAUCCACAUUGAUCAAGCAUUCAUGAACCAUUCAAUCAAGUUUUUCUCAUUGCGAAAACUAUUAUUGUGGUAUGUCCUUGUUGAAGAUGAGCAGGUAAUAGAGAAUCUCAUUUCUCGCUGCCCUUUGAUUGAAUAUAUAUCUUUAUUCUGCGGCUCUGUGUUGAACCCUGGUGGAGGAGCAGAAGGCCUGUUGAAUUCUUUGAGCAUGCGUGGUCUGCUGAAGCUCAAGAAAGUUGACAUUAUAGGAAUUCAGGAGGUUUAUAUUGAUUCUCCGAGUCUUGAGAAUUUAUAUUACCGGGCUGUUAAUUUCGACACAACUUGUAAGUUGGAGUUUGAAAGGUGCAAAAAUUUGAAAAGCUUACACUUGGGGCAUUUUAAGAGUACUGUUAUCACACAGAAGUGGUUUAUUGAACUGUUUCUUAAAUUUCAUUUCCUUGAGAUUUUGAAAUUGGACAAUUGCACAAUGUCUGAGAGGAUUUGUAUUUCAAGUGAUAAACUCACGGUAUUGAUGUUGUCCAAAUGCUCUAACUUGAAGGAGGUUAUCAUUGAUGCUCCAAAUCUAUCAUCAUGUCAAUAUGUUGGUCAUGGUGCACCAAAACCUAUUAUAUCUUUUCUGAGAAGUUCUAGUCAACUAGAAGUCAAUGUUGAGAUGUACCUUGAUCAUCUAGAUCUUUCUGACUUGAGGGAAUUUAUCCAAAACUUCAAGCCUCAAAAUGUUUUGGCAUCUCUUUCCUUAUCUAUAGAUCAGUCGAUUGUGGAUGAAUUCAACCCAGUUGUCUUGCAAGAUUCAUCCUCUCCGCCGAUCAUUAAACACUUGAAGCUACAAUGUGUUCCUGAAAAUGAAACAUUGUUUCGGCCUGUUGUUAAUAGCUUACUUUCAAGUUGCUGCCCUGAAACUAUCUUGUUGUGCUUUGUUUCAUUUUACUGCAGCAGAGCAUUCAUUGAGUUUUUCUAUGAGACGCUUAUGGGCAGGAAAGAGAAAGACUGUUUUUGCUGUUCUGGUAGUGCCAAGUGUUGGUGGCAUGGGCUGAAGGGUGUUCAAGUCACAAACUCUAGGAAUGCUGAUGAGAAUGUUGAUUUCAAGACCAUGUUAGAUGCGUUGCCAACUUGCGGAGAUUUUAGCGAUAUUAUCUUUAGGUUGGAAUUGUAGUGUUGUUAUCUACUGAUAUGUAAGCUUAUGUAGAAAUUUGACAUUACUGCAUGAUGAGAUGGGCAUAGGUAGACCAACCAAUCUUGGAUGUAGGCCACGAAACUGGAUGAAAUAUGUUUAUAUGUUCCCCUUUUCGGUUGCCCUUGUCCUUGAUGCCAUAGAUAGGCCUCAGCCCUCAUGGUUACUAUUGAUCUGUGUUGGAAUUUUAGAGCUUUGGAUCCAGACAAGAACUGAGCAAUUUAUUUUGUGGUGGAAUUUUAGAGCUUUUGCAAUUUACAUUCA